AUGGAAAGAGGAAAAUGCUUGAUGUCGAUGAAGCUUGGACCAGUGACGAGGCAAUCUUCGGACGCGGCUUUGUUCUGGCCGUUCGGGGUAGAGAGAGCGUUUGCGGCGGCUGAGGAGUAUGGCGGUGGAGGCGCUUGCAUGUGGCCGCCAAGGUCGUAUUCGUGCAGCUUUUGCGGGAGAGAGUUCAAGUCGGCGCAAGCGCUAGGCGGUCACAUGAACGUUCACCGAAGAGACCGAGCUCGUCUUAAACAACAAUCGUUAUCAUCUUCAUCAACUGAUCAAGCCACGACCGUUGACUAUGAUGAUCAACAUCAGAUAAAACAGCACGAAAUUCUUGAUGUGGCAUCCAAGUUUAUUGUCCAAGAAGAGUCAAGAAAGCCCAUCAAUGGAACUAAGAGGGAGAUAAGUGAGGUUUGUAAUAACAAUGUCUUACAAAGUUCUAUCAAAAGAUUUGAGUAUUACAAUGGUGAAGUCAAGACUGACUUAUCCGUUGGUCUACUGAGUUCUGAGUUCGGUCCUCAGAAGAAGCAACUAAUCAACGGAUCAUCUUCGUCGUGGAAGAGGGCAAAGACGACGGAUGUUUCAAGAUUGCCAAUGAUGUUAGGGUUGGUCAUUGGAGUCUCCAAAAUCAACGGUCACCAUGAGGAGUUGGAUCUUGAGCUAAGGCUAGGAGUUGAUCCGCCAAAGGUUAACUAG